CAACUAGGAGAUCAUUUUUCUUUUUCUUUUUUUUUUUGCUUAUUUUGGGAACGUUCUUCUUCUUCUUCUUGGAAGGCCAUGGCGAUGGCCAGAGGAAAGAUCUUCGUUUCCAUGCUCUUUGUUUUGCUGGUUGUGCAUGCUGACACUACCAACAAAGAAGAAGAGGCUGACCGAAUAUUGGCACUCCCCGGCCAGCCAAAGGUGCCCUUUCAGCAGUUUUCCGGCUAUGUCACCGUCAAUGAGGUCGCCGGCAGAGCCCUAUUUUACUGGCUCACCGAGGCUGUUCAUGAUCCCUUGUCAAAACCUUUAGUUGUUUGGCUCAAUGGCGGUCCGGGAUGCUCCUCCGUGGCAUACGGUGCCUCCGAAGAGAUAGGCCCUUUCAGGAUCAACAAGACAGCCUCCGGACUAUACCUUAACAAGUUCUCAUGGAACACCGUCGCCAACCUCUUGUUCCUGGAAACUCCGGCCGGCGUUGGCUUCUCUUAUACCAACCGCUCCUCCGAUCUUCUCGACACCGGCGACCGCCGCACCGCUGAGGACUCGCUGAAAUUUCUGAUCCAGUGGAUGAACCGAUUCCCGCGUUACAAAAGCCGAGAAGUCUAUCUGACCGGCGAAAGCUACGCCGGCCACUAUGUCCCUCAGCUGGCCAGAGCCAUUGUCACUUACAAUGCCAAAUCCAAGCACCCAAUAAAUCUCAAAGGCUUUAUGGUUGGUAAUGCAGUGACAGAUAACUACUAUGACAACCUCGGAACAGUCACGUACUGGUGGAGCCAUGCCAUGAUCUCCGACAGAACCUACCGGCAGCUCAUCAACACUUGUGAUUUCAGCCAGCAGAAGGAAUCCGACCAGUGCGAGUCCUUGUACAGCUAUGCGAUGGACCAGGAAUUCGGAAACAUCGACCAGUACAACAUCUACUCGCCCCCCUGCAACGUCAACUCUGACGGCACCACUGCUCCGGCCACCCGCCGUGCCAUUCGUCUGCCUCAUCGACGCCACCCGAUAUUCAGGCAGAUAUCUGGGUACGAUCCUUGUACUGAAAAGUAUGCUGAGAUUUACUACAACCGGCAGGACGUCCAGAAGGCUCUCCAUGCCAAUAUAACAAAAAUUCCUUAUAAAUGGACUGCCUGCAGCGAAGAAUUGAACCGAGACUGGAACGACACAGAUGCGUCGAUUCUCCCCAUAUACCGGGAACUGAUCUCUGCUGGCUUGAGAAUUUGGGUUUUCAGCGGCGACGUGGAUUCGGUGGUACCAGUUACAGCCACUAGGUAUUCCUUGGCCCAGCUCAAGCUGUCCACCAAGAUUCCAUGGUACCCUUGGUAUGUUAAGAAACAGGUGGGGGGAUGGACAGAAGUAUACGAAGGCUUGACAUUUGCAACAGUGAGAGGAGCAGGCCAUGAAGUUCCACUUUUCAAGCCAAGGGCAGCCCUUCAGCUAUUCAAAUCAUUUUUGAGAGGAGACCCUCUUCCAAAGUCCUGAAAAUUCUCUCUCUCCAUUGGAUCAAUUACUACAGUACUAGGUCUUCAAGACUAAGUCUCACGCAUGCCCGCUAGCUAGUAAUUAGGUGAUUAAUUACAGAAUAGUCAUUUCAAUUACUACGACGAAAGAAGAUUAUUUAAGGUUUAGGUGGUGGUGGUGGGGAGGAAGAAGGCUUAAAUUAAAUCAAAUCAAAUGUUCAGGGUGGGUUCAGCACAAAUAAUUAAUGAAGGGGGAAAGCGCAAGUGAUGGUUUAUGUCAUUACUAAGUGGUGUUGUUUUGUUCAGCCUCAUCUUCACCCACUAAUUCAUGCCUUUUCUCCUCUCAAGCAUAUGCUAUAUAAUCUCAU